AUACAAGUAAUUAAAUACGCCGCGAAGAAUCGGAGCGCCACCUCGUGGGACGUGUCAGACGUGUCAGUUGUCUUAUAGCUGAGAAGGCUGAGAAGAUAAAGGGGUGACAACGCAGUAAGUAAUUUGGGGCGAGGUGUUCGAAUAAUUGUCUACUUCGAAUGAACGAGUUUUGUAGACCUCGUUAAAAUAAAGAAAUAUGUCAUCUACAGAAGAAACUGAACUGAAAGGUGGUCAUCCACCUGCAGUGAAAGCGGGUGGAAUGAGGAUAACUCAGCAUAAGAGCCCAAAAGACGACAAAGAAGGUAAAGUCACCAAAGAAAAGGAACAAGUAGAGGAAGGUACCACCACGCUAAAGUUAUCCACAAGCCCACCCAAAUCAUUGACUAUUUCGGGGGCCCCGGUGAGAGGCAAUGCAGACUUCCCUGCAGAAGCUGUACAGAGUUUCCAUGAAAAGCCAGUGCCCACACAUGAUUCUCGCCAUGCGACUAAACCUACAGUCAUUCACCAGCCUCGCAAGUAGGUUAUCUGGAGUUGUAAGAUUUUGUUGAAGAUUGUACUAGUUUCUUCCACCAGAGAGAGAGAGAGAGAGCAGUUAAUUGAAAUUUUGAUGUUAAGUGAUUUAUUUUAAUACUACAGUCAAUAUUUUUGAUUAUCCAGUGAAAGAUAGGGUGUAUUUAAACUCACAGAGGCUCAAAAUUUUCUAAGACAGAAUUGUUUCAUAAUUUGUAUUGCUGUUGAUGGAUUUGAUGACAUCUUCACCUACCGGGAGUACUACUAAUAUAUACAUAAAGCGAUAGUGAAGAAGCAAGCAGGUAACAUUGAACUGCCACUUUUAGGCCUGAAUAAGAAUUGUAUGUGGAAGGUUUGUCAGCAUUCCAGUAGUAAUUUCUAUAGUAAAAUGUAGUAUAAAGCUGUUUCCUGUUUUGGAGAACUAUCUGAUGUACAACUAAAUUUGCUGGAUUCCUAAAAUUUUUGUUGGUUCCUUCACAAUAAGCAUUAUCCAAUAUUUUGUUCUACACGGCCAGAUGGCAGAAAAAAUUAAUUUCAUUAAGACAGGUGGCAGUCCUUUGGUUUAUAACCAAUAACAUGCACCUUAGGUGUCAAAUAUCGAGGGUAACUCAAUCUAUUUUUUUUUGUGUGUGUGUGUAAUACUGGUCUACAUUAAAAUGUGACUUGGAGCUCAUUAUAUUGUCACGUGUUGGGUGUUUAUAUUAUUUUUUUAUGUUUGUGAAUUAUAUGGGGAUUCUAUAUUGGUACUUUAUCUUCAGUAUCUAAAUUUCAUUUGAGGAAGACUGAUGAGUAAAUACUUUCCAUACUAGUUAGAAGUAUUUUAAUUAACUAGUAUUUGGUAGUAGAAUGUAAUUUUUACUUUGUAAGUAUGAGAGAUAUUUUUCUUGGUGAACAGGGGGACCAUGCUUAUGUUUAUUUUCUAAAUGAAAUGAUCUUGAACGGAGAGAAAGUUGGGUGUGAUGUGUGCUUGAAA